CCAGCCAGUCUAGGUUAUAAAAAACCACCAUUUUGUCGUUGGCAAUUCUUAUUGAAGAUGUUAUCAUCAAGAACAAAAAUUUCAAGUUACAGAAGUCCAAUAUUGGAACCUGAGGAAUAUGCAGAAAGAUUUUCUUCAACUGUGACGAAUGGUUUUAUUGCUUUAGAAAUAGCAAUAGGUCAUAAACUAGGGCUCUUUGGUUCGCUGAAUGAAUUUACUUCCCCAGUUUCACCAACAGAGCUCGCUGCAUCAUGCAAAUUGAAAGAAAGAUAUGUCAGAGAAUGGUUAGGAUGUAUGUCAGCUGCUGGUUUCGUUAGUAUCUCAUCCAAUGAUAAAUACUUUAUACCGGAAGCGUGCAAACCUCAUACAGAAUCUAGUAAACUCGUCAGUGCUUUACCGCAAUUAGCUGCGAAUACCUCCUCAGUAUUAGAAUGUUUCAAAGAGGACGGACCAAAGGGAUAUAAUUACAGUAACCAGUUUGAUACGUUGAUGUGGUUGGACGAUGAUAAUCAAUCAUGUGACAGUAAAUGGAUUACAGAAAACUUAUUCCCUGUCGGAUACAAGGAACCAGAUACAAUAACCAAUGUUUUGGAUUUUGGAUGUGGGCCAGGCAGUUUAACUAUAAAGUUAGCUAAAUAUUUACCAAAUGCCAAAGUAUACGGCGUAGAUAUCGAUCGAAAUUCCAUUGAAAAGGCUAAGGAGAAUAAGGCAAAAGAAAAUAUACCAAAUGUCGAAUUCCUUUUACUUGAAAACGACCACAUGGAUGAAUCCUGGACGAAGAAAUUCGAUUGGAUAACUUUGGUUGAUGUACUGCAUGACCUUCCAAAUCCGAAUUUCAGUAUUUCAGACAUCAAGAGGGUUCUGAAGGAUGAUGGAAUUGUAUCUGCGAUAGAUCCAUGUGUCCAUUCUGAUCACAAAAUGAACCAAGGCAACCAAACUGCUGCCAUGCUGUAUGUUUUUAGUACAUUUCUGUGUCUCCCAUGUAGCAUGUCACGUGAACCGGCAGUUGGUAAUGGCGUAGGAUGGGGUGCAGAAAAUAGAGCGGAAUUUCUUAAAUCGAAUGAUUUGAAGAUUUUAGGGGACGAACAUAAUGGUCUUGUACAAUUUCAAAAAGCAUAGAUAUUCCGUAAAACAUAAAAACAACAUAUUAACAUUUCCAUUAUCUGGAAGUACAGACUGAGUUGUUUUCGGGCUUUUUAUUAUAUACUUUCGACACAUAUAUUGUAUAGAAUUGAAUGUAACCUUCUUCUUUAAUAAAAAUGUA